AUUUGGGGGCAUUUGGGUUUUGAUCUGUGAAACAGCAGCAAUAGUAGUAAAGGAAUUCACAUUCUCCACUCAGAAAGAAAACAGAGACAAAAAUGGGAAGACAAGCCGUCACCAGAUUGCUGUCCUCCAUCGCCUCGCGCCGCCAUGGCCUCCGCCAAUUCUCGGCGGCCACGCCGGCUGUGUUCGUCGACAAGAGCACACGCGUGAUCUGCCAAGGCAUCACUGGCAAAAACGGCACCUUUCACACCGAACAAGCCAUCGAAUACGGCACCAACAUGGUUGGUGGUGUGACUCCUAAGAAGGGUGGAACCGAACACUUGGGCCUUCCCGUCUUCAACACCGUCGCUGAAGCCAAGGCGGAAACCAAGGCCAACGCCUCCGUCAUCUACGUUCCUCCGCCGUUCGCUGCCGCCGCCAUCAUGGAAGCCAUGGAGGCUGAGCUGGAUCUUGUCGUCUGCAUCACCGAGGGCAUUCCUCAGCACGAUAUGGUGCGGGUUAAGGCAGCACUUAACCGGCAGUCCAAGACUCGUCUGAUAGGACCAAACUGCCCUGGUAUUAUCAAGCCUGGGGAAUGUAAAAUUGGAAUCAUGCCAGGAUAUAUUCAUAAGCCUGGUCGCAUAGGAAUUGUCUCUCGUUCUGGUACCUUGACAUAUGAAGCAGUUUUCCAAACAACUGCUGUUGGCCUUGGACAAUCCACGUGUGUGGGUAUUGGAGGAGAUCCCUUUAAUGGAACAAACUUUGUUGACUGCCUUAGGAAGUUCCUAGUUGAUCCUCAAACAGAAGGUAUAAUUCUUAUAGGAGAGAUAGGAGGAACUGCAGAAGAGGAUGCUGCUGCACUAAUUAAGGAAAGCGGCACUGAGAAGCCUAUUGUUGCAUUUAUUGCUGGUUUGACUGCCCCUCCUGGCCGUCGAAUGGGUCAUGCUGGAGCUAUUGUGUCGGGCGGCAAGGGAACUGCACAAGACAAAAUCAGAACCCUCAGGGAAGCUGGGGUGACAGUCGUGGAGUCCCCUGCCAAAAUUGGAGCUGCCAUGCUAGACGUUUUCAAGCAGAGGGGCUUGGUGCAAUAGUUUGGGUUGAUUUAUUUUCAUCAAAUCAUUUUGGGGCCCAUUAUUUUAUAACAUGUUCAAAAUUUCUUGAUUCCCAUUGGUAAUGAUGGGUUAUUUUUCUCUUUUUUAGUUUUGAGAGUUACGAAGAGGUGCACCAAAAUAAAAUUCAAGAUGCUUUAUAUUUGCGGAAGUUUGAAACGUCCUCUUUGAAUUCCGAUUUUUGUUGCCUUGAUUUGUAAGCGCGUACCCUCUGCCAAUGAAUUUCCGGCAACUAAAUUGACGUCAAUAUUAAAUGCCGAGUCUAUAACGUGGGGGCCAGUUAUGUCCUAUGAUAAAAUUGUGUGAAUUUCUGUGGUA